AAACCGCGCGACUCUUCAACACACCUGCAGCCAUGUCUGAAUACUGGAAGUCGACACCAAAAUACUGGUGCAAGUUCUGCAAAGACUACGUCAAGGACACCAAAUUCGAGCGCCAGCAACACGAAGCAACCGGCCGCCACCAGUCCAACAUCCAGCGCUCCCUCAAGGGCCUCCACCGCGAACAAGCCGCCGAAGAGCGCCAGAAGCAGCGCGCCAAAGAUGAGGUCGCGCGGCUAAACGGACUGGUUCCGUCUACCUCUUCGUCUGCCGCCAGCAACGCGCCAGCCAAGCCGACGUUCGCAAAAACAGAGGAGAAAAAGGCGACGCUGCAGGAUCGGAAGAAACAAUGGGAACAGCUGGCUGCGAUGGGGAUUGCGGUGCCAGACGAAGCGCGCGGCGGGAUGGCGCUCAAGGGCGAGUGGACGGUGGUCAAAGAGGAGGUUGUAGGCUCAGUUGACCAGGACGGGGAGUUCAAGGCGCUGAACAAGGGCGUGAGGAAAAGAAAAGUGGAUGAGGCGGAGGAGGAGAGAGAAUUGGCCGGCGAGACUAUCACACGCAAGAAAGGAUGGGGACAGACGUUCAAGAGCUUGCCUGGAAAGGCUGGGGACGACGACGACAUCGAGGCACUGUUCAAGAAGCGGAAAGCGGACGUCAAGGACGAAGAGCCCGCGUUGAAGACGGAGGUCAAGGAGGAAGAUACGGUAAAGGGGGAAGCAGAGUCGCAACCACUUGCGGAUAUCCCGACUGAGGAGGAGGCCGCUGCAAAACGGGAAGCGGAGAGGAAGACUGAUUCCACAGCGGCUUUGGUGAAAGAGGAAGAGUCAUCCGGAUCAACGCCUGCCGUGGUAUUCAAAAAGCGCAAGAAGAUGGCUAAGUGAAAGCGUAACGGGUACUAGCACAGCAUAGUCCCAUCUACCACCCACAAAACACGAGUCUACGUACUACUCGAACUCGAAAGAGCCACGGUCAUCUUUUGAGUUCAAGAGAGCUCAACGCGCGGCUUUGGUUGAGGUAGAUCACCAGCUCCCGUACCAGAACCUGAACAUCGGGCAGGCUUCACAUAGAAGGAGCGCGGCAUCCCUCAAGCACUUUGACAGGAUUAUGUCCCACACAAAGGAGGCAAUCAAUAGUGGCAUAAGCAGAUAUCGCCCGUCUAAA